CGAAGUAUUAAUUAUUGAUAUACAAUUCUAGCUUCUAGAUACAGAGAUAACAAUUAUUCUAUAACUGAUAUCUUAAAUGGUUUCACAGCAUUAUUUCAUCAGCUAUGCCGCCUAUGCACAAGCACAAGGUUUCUGUUCAUCUUCUAUCCUUCCAGGCCCUCGUUUUUUUCUUAUCAAUUUUCAUUCACUUCUCUCAUUGUGAUGUUGGCACUGCUUCUCACUACGGUCCUCCCUUUUUACCCACAGCAUGUUACGGUAAAGACGCAUCAGAGUUUCCAUCGAGCAACAUGUUUGCAUCAGCAGGAGAAGGCAUAUGGGACAAUGGUGCUGCAUGUGGUAGGCAGUAUCAGGUGAGGUGCAUCAGUGCAGCCGCACCUAGAACCUGCAUUCCUGGCCAGUUGAUCCAGAUCAAGAUCGUCGAUCGCGCACAAUCAACGGUCUCUAGGCCUUCCAGGGAUGGAACUUCCAUGGUCCUCUCCACCACUGCAUUCCAGGCCAUUGCAAAUGCCUCUGCUUCUUUGAUCAACAUUGAAUUUCAACAGGUUUAAUUCGAAGGUACAAACUAGCAUCAAAGAAUUGCCAUUCCUUUAUUAGUUAUAAGAUAACGGUAUCUUUGUUAAUUAGAAAAGGAUUAUGCAUAUGCAACUACUAAAAAUGUUGUCAAAGUCAAUGCAACGUACAUGUUUAGAUACAUUUGUUUAUCUAUAUAUAAAGCAAUAUCCCAAUUAUUUCUGCUAUAAUUUAC